AAAAUUGUAAAAUAAACAUGUAUCAAAGACAACAUACAACAAGGAAAAUAUCAACAAUUUAUCAGACGCUUGUCAUACGUAGAAAGAAUAGGAAAAAUUAGCCAAUAAAACUUAGACAUUCAAUCAUCUGACAUCAAUACAUUGUUCAUUAUAUAAGAAAUCUGGUAUCGAGUAAGCCAUGGAGCUGAACAGGGGAUAUUUAGCAUGUCUAACAAUAACUUGUAUACUACAUCAUCAGGGAUGCUUGAUAAUAAGUUGGCUAAGAAUGGUGCACUCCUACUAGAAGUGGUGCAAUCGAUGCGCAGAGUCGUGCAACAGCGUGUUAAGCAUGUAAAGCAUUGUAGAGGUAGUCUGGACUGACCGGACACGACGAUAAGCUGUUGCCAAAAUCUUCUGCUGCUGGUCUAGAACUGUAAAAAGCCUGGCCCAGAGGAUUGCUGGCUGUCCAAUUUGGGUACAAUGCUGCCACCUCUGUGAUGAAAUUUUGGUAACUGCCGUCACUGCCGGAGGGGGAUAGAUUUUUCGCCUGGCAGACUCCCGGAAACUUUCACCGCUCUUGCACGACUCUGCGCAUCGAUCGCAGCACUUCUAGUUGGCAUAUUGUGUAACUAACUAGACAAAAUGCAAAGAAUGGUGAAACUUUUCGUAUCUAUAAACUUUGGCCUCGGACCGCUUCAGGGACUGAUUCAUCUGACCAGUGAUUGAGGAUAGUCAUUUGAGAUGCACACAUGACAUAAAGAAAUGAAUGUUCUUGUGAAGGAGCAACUAAGAAAAAGUAAUCGAGUAUAAGCAAAUAACUGAAUGACGAAUCUGAACAUAGAAAGUCUUGAUUGUUUUGUUUGAUUUGAUAGCUCUAGUAAUAAAAUUCCAAUAACAAUUUCCGAAAAACACUUGUAUAAAUCGAGAAAGCGCACAGAGAUAAGCACGCAGAUUGUAAAAAAGGAUAGAUAUUCGUACGAAACUUGGAGCUUGAAAAAAAUGUAACAU